AUGUCUAGCCCGCUCGACACGACCGCCGACGACGGCUCCCGCAAGCACCUCGAGCAGAUCACCUUCAGAUUUUGCUCCGAGUGCUCUAACAUGCUUUACCCCAAGGAAGACCAGGACUCUCACAAGCUCCAGUUCACCUGCCGCACCUGCCAGUACACUGAAGAGGCCACCUCGACCUGCAUCUUCCGCAACCUCAUGAACAACGCUGUCGGCGAGACCGCCGGAGUCACCCAGGAUGUUGGAUCGGACCCUACGGUUAGUAUCCCUUCUGCUGCUGCCUCUGCCUCUGCCCAUGCUGCUCCCCAAGCUGGAAUCUCUGCUGGUGAUGCCUCUGGUUAUCUGUCAGGUGAGUUUUCUGGUGAGUAUGCCACUGCGACGGCGCAGCCUACCACUGGUGGUCAUGCUUCCAACGGGGGCGACCUUUCGCAUAUCCCGCGUAGUCUCCAUCAAACGGAUUUCGAUCUGGACACCGUCAUCGGCACCGUCACCAUGGCAAGUGUCUACCAGUGCCUAGAUUCCCAAGAAAAAGCUACUUGGGAUGGUCAGUUUGUCGCAAAGGUCGUCUCGGACACAUCAUUUGCGCUCGCUUCCUCGUGGGAGUCAGUCUCGGCUUUUGACCACGAGACAGACGAAGACCCCCCGGAGGCACUUGGCAUGGAACCUGAGUACGGAGACCUAGAUAUGGUCCUCUAG